UUAGCUAUUUUCACAAGUUGCUUUGGAGAAGAUGGGGGACGAGGCCAAGAAGCUUCUUGCUUUGCUGAAUGGUAUUGCAAGACGAACUUACUAUGGAGAGGAAGAGUUGUCGGACGAUUUCCUUCUCUCACAAAUUUACCCAGAUAUGCCAAAAGAGGAAUCAAGUGGUUUGAUUACAAAAUGCACAGGUUUAAUGAAGAAUAUGGUGUCAGCUGAUAUGGAUUUCAAUCAAUUAGAUGCAUUUCUAGUGUCACAAACUAAACGCAGAGAAAACCCUUUAACUGAAGAACAAACACAAGUAUUCCGAAAGUUCUGGAAAAAUAAUAAAAAUAAAAUUCAUGACAGUAUCAUAGCAAAGACAAAAUGGAAUAAUUCAUUACAGAAUGUGUUAUGGAGAAUAGAUUUAAAAGCUCAAGCUAGGAACAUGGAACAAAUGAAUGAAUCGUCAGCCAUAAUGGAAUUCCAAAUAAAUUCUCCAGAAAAUAAAUCUGAAGUUGUGCGGUUUGAGAUGGAUGAAACAAAACUGACAGAGGUUUUAACACAAAUGAAGGAAAUAGAGACAGAAAUCAAUAAUUAUUGUCAAUAAAAAUUGAUAUGUUCAGAAAUUUUGUACAUGUAGAA